GCCCGGGAAGCAACAACUCAAAUCGUCUCCGAAAUCCAUCAGGGAUAGGUGUCUUCCGAUCCGCAGAGAUACUAAGGUUACUAACUGAUAAUUAACCCAAAAGAGCGGGAGAGUCUUGAGAAGAGACUACCCUUAGAGCUAGAUUUCUUAUCACGAGGCUGAUUGUGUCUCUCUAUCUGGGAAACUAUUGCCUUAAAAGCCAGUCGCACUCACAAAAUCUCGCCCAGUUUCAACCGAGACUCUGAAACAUCAGCACGUUGAUAAUAAGACGAAACAAUAAUCUUCAAAACCAAAUACGGAACUAAUCUCCUUCCAGUGAAAGGCCUCGUAAUCGUAUUGAUUUUCCUUCUCGAUCCAACAAGAAGUUAUCAGGAAACUGUGAAAAUGCCGGAACAGCAUGUUGCACCUGUGAUUGCCAACCUGGAGGACUUCGAGCGGAGGCUACCAGGUUACUUGAAUGGCAACUCCAAGUUGGCUGUUCUCUUGGACUACGAUGGAACACUAGCUCCCAUUGCCGACAAUCCCGCUAAGACCAAAAUGCCCGUGGAACUGGAGGCCAUUCUCCACAAGAUAGCCCAGCAUCCUGAGAUCUUCCUGGCCGUCAUCUCGGGACGUGGUCUCAAGGAUGUCCAGAAACAAGUCAACAUCAAUGGCAUUACGUAUGCCGGCAAUCAUGGCUUGGAAAUCGAGUACCCAGAUGGAUCACGACACGACUACGAGCUGCCCGCUGAAAUCAAAAAGAACUACACCAACAUGGUCAGGGAGCUGAAGGACAAGGUGGAGAAGAAUGGCGCCUGGGUGGAGGACAAGAGGGUGUCGCUCACCUAUCACUACAGGGACACCCCCGUGGAGCUGAAGGAUGAGCAGAAGAACCUGGCUUCGGAGAUCUGCCGGAAGUAUGGCUUCCGACCGAAUCAGGCCCAUGAAGCCAUUGAGGCCAAGCCGCCAGUGAACUGGAACAAGGGAGAGGCUGCUCUCUAUAUCCUUAAACAGAAAUUCGGCGACAAUUGGCCAAAGACAGUGAGUGUGGUGUUUGCUGGAGAUGAUACCACCGAUGAGGAUGCCAUGAGGGUCCUUCGUGGCUUGGGUAGGUCCUUCAGAAUAGCUGAAAAUGAAAAAAUCCAAACCUUUGCCGAUUUUCGAUUGCCAAGGCAGGCUGUGAUGACUGAUCUACUGAAGUGGAUUGCCGAGGUUUAUGUUUCCUAGAUUUUAUAGAAUAUUUUUAAAUAAUUCAUACAAGUUUCUGAUUUUUAUUAUUGUAAUUAUAACUAAGCUGUUAACUCAAUUUUCUAUUUAAGAUAAGCAUCACAACACAAAAAGGCCUAAAAUAAAAUGAAGCUUUUGAAAAAUGA